GUUUCUCGAGCUCAUACAAGUCAAUACGCUCGUGAAUGAGGAUCUGCAGCUGUACACUCCGUAGUUGUCCAACGCGGGCUAUUGCGUUAUGUGCAUGGUGGUUUCGUUCUCUUACCAAUAACUCUCCAAAGGCUUUUUCGCAAGUGAUGAAUAUUCUGAAUUGCGUGGCUGAGGAGACCUGCGGCUGAUACCAGUACAAAUUCACAGAUUUCAAUUUUCAUCGGUACACUUUCUUCAUCGGAGAGAGAGAGAGAGUCAUUUCGAAAGUGCGCGCUUUACUCUAGUGGGGAAAAGGGAUAUUACGGAUUCUACGUGCAGUUUUUUCAUUCUGAGGACAACAUGCCUCAGACGCCACUGCUGACCGGCAUGCUGGUCUCCAGGGGUUACAAUAAUAAGAACCUGUACCAGAGUCCGAACCAGACCAAGGAGGAGGGAUACGGUAACGCAGGACUGUGUUACCGUGACAACGCCCUUGUGUCGGGCUCACUGGAGGCCCUCAUACACCACCUGGUCCCUAGUAUGGACUACUACCCUGACAUGACGUACUCUUUCACCUUCCUGCUCUCCUCUCGUCUAUUUAUCCACCCCUACGAGCUCAUGUCCAAGGUGUGUCACCUGUGUGUGGAGCAGCAGAGACUGAGUGACCCUCAGGCAGACAAGAUUAGGAUCAGGAAGUUGGCUCCCAGGAUCCUCCAGCUGCUCCAGGAGUGGACAGAGACGUUCCCCUACGACUUCAGAGACGAGAGGAUGAUGAGGAGCCUGAAGGAGUUAACCCAACGCAUGGCCUCAGGAGAUGAGCUGUACAGGAAGGUGGUUCACCAGAUGAUUCAGGUCCUAAUCAGGAAGCUGACUACUCUGAGCCAGUACGAGGAGGCCCUGGUCAAGGUCAAUGCUACAGCCACAGACCGACUGACUGUGCUCAAGGCCAAGCCUCAGGCCAUCCAGAGGGACAUGCUGUCCGUCUGCAACGACCCCUUCACCGUGGCACAGCAGCUCACUCACAUAGAACUGGAGAGAUUGAGUUACAUCGGACCAGAGGAAUUCAUCCAGGCGUUUGAGAAGAAAGACCCUCUUGAUAAUGAUAAGAGCUGUUUCAGCGAUCACAAGAAGACUAGCAACCUGGAGGCGUAUGUAGAGUGGUUCAACAGACUCAGCUUCAUGGUGGCCACAGAGAUCUGCAUGCCCGUAAAGAAGAAGAAGCAGCGAGCGCGAGUCAUGGAGUUCUUCAUCGACGUGGCGCGGGAGUGUUUCAACAUCGGCAACUUCAACUCCCUCAUGGCCAUUAUCUCUGGGAUGAACAUGAGUCCUGUGUCUCGACUGAAGAAGACCUGGAGCAAAGUCAAGACGGACAAGUUUGACAUCUUGGAGCUCCAGAUGGAUCCUUCCGGUAACUUCUACAACUACAGAACAGCGUUUAGAGGAGCGACGCAGAGGUCCAGAACAGCCAACAGCACUAGAGAGAAGAUCGUCAUCCCGUUCUUCAGCCUACUGAUCAAAGACAUCUAUUUCCUGAACGAGGGAUGUUCCAACAGGAUGCAGAAUGGACAUGUAAACUUUGAGAGAAUGAGGAAGUAAGACUUCUGCUCUGCAGUGGAAUUAAGACUUUUAUCAUUGGAGACCCAGACAGUCAUCAGGGCAGACAGUCAUCAGGGCAGACAGUCAUCAGGGCAGACAGUCAUCAGGGCAGACAGUCAUCAGGGCAGACAUUCAUCAGGGCAGACAACUCAUCAGGGCAGACAACUCAUCAGGGCAGACAACUCAUCAGGGCAGACAACUCAUCAGGGCAGACAACUCAUCAGGGCAGACAACUCAUCAGGGCAGACAACUCAUCAGGGCAGACAACUCAUCAGGGCAGACAACUCAUCAGGGCAGACGGUCAUCAGGGCAGACGGUCAUCAGGGCAGACGGUCAUCAGGGCAGACGGUCAUCAGGGCAGACGGUCAUCAGGGCAGACGGUCAUCAGGGCAGACGGUCAUCAGGGCAGACGGUCAUCAGGGCAGACGGUCAUCAGCGCAGACGGUCAUCAGGGCAGACGGUCAUCAGCGCAGACGGUCAUCAGGGCAGACGGUCAUCAGGGCAGACGGUCAUCAGGGCAGACGGUCAUCAGGGCAGACGGUCAUCAGGGCAGACGGUCAUCAGGGCAGACGGUCAUCAGGGCAGACGGUCAUCAGGGCAGACGGUCAUCAGGGCAGACGGUCAUCAGGGCAGACGGUCAUCAGGGCAGACGGUCAUCAGGGCAGACGGUCAUCAGGGCAGACACGGUCAUCAGGGCAGACGGUCAUCAGGGCAGACGGUCAUCAGGGCAGACGGUCAUCAGGGCAGACGGUCAUCAGGGCAGACGGUCAUCAGGGCAGACGGUCAUCAGGGCAGACGGUCAUCAGGGCAGACGGUCAUCAGGGCAGACGGUCAUCAGGGCAGACGGUCAUCAGGGCAGACGGUCAUCAGGGCAGACAGUCAUCAGGGCAGACAGUCAUCAGGGCAGACAGUCAUCAGGGCAGACAGUCAUGAGAUAAGUGAAUGUUACCAUCAGUUGUGGUACUGUUAAAUCAUUUCUACUGUGACCAGCCCUUCAUCUAUGUUGGGUUAACAUUGCAUUCCUCUAUGUUGGGUUAACAUUGCAUUCA